ACUUUCCUAAACAUUGCCGAAUUGUGCACAUUUGAGCUUUUGCUGCACUAGGAACGUGGGCGGCGUCUUCUGGAUCAACUCUCAUUUCCCAAAUAGCACCGGUUCUCCUAAGCGGAAGGCCACUCUAUCUUCAAAAUGAAGAGUUUCGAUACCAAAGCACCCAGUAUUCACACCGCGAUCGAGCUCACGAACGCGCCCAUCAUGUUCCAGCCACAUUCACUCGCGACAACCUCGAAAACUUUGCGUACCGUCUUUGAGCAUCUACCAUCCGUAGAUCUAAGGCGGCUGAAAUUCGAAAAAUAUGUGGCGUGUUCACUCCUGGGCUUAGCAAAUCUCUCCAUGGCGUAUAUGUUCCAGGACUACACUCGGUUCUUCUGGUAUCUGUUUCCACUGGUGAUGAUCCGGCCGUUGGUAGAUAUCAUCGAGAUUACCAUCAUCAUCGUCUCCUACCUUGUGCGACGAUUGCAUCCACCGAACCCGAAGAUUCCAGCAAUACCGGAGAACUUCGUCUACCUACUUUGCUGUUACAACGAAACGUAUCAAGAGAUCAUGACCUCACUGAGAUCCUUGGCCGAGCAAAAAAUGGUGGACGCCCACAAAAAGGCCAUCCUUGUAGUCUGCGAUGGGAGAGCCAGUAGUAAAGGUAUGACCAAGACAGCAGCGGCACAUCUGAAGGACGACAUCAUCGAGCGUCCCUCAAGCGUUCCCAUGUCUCAGGCAUACACAGCUUGGGAUGGCGUACCCAUGGACGCUGAGAUCAUCAAAGGAGAAUUUCGAGGGGUUCCGAUCAUCUGCAUCAUCAAGAACGAAAACCGAGGGAAACGAGACGGAAUCGUACUUGCACGCUCAUUUUUCCACAAGUUCAACCACCGCGAUUCAAAGCCUCCGCUCGCUAUGAUGUCGCCUAGGCUUUUCGCGGAACUCUCUGAUUUCCUCGAGAAGGCAUCCAUUCGGUCAAUCGACUAUGCUAUUGGCAUAGAUGCCGAUACUAGGUUCGACCUAGAAUGCGUCUCCAAUCUGAUCCAGACUGUGAGGGAGGACGAAAAGAUUGUUGGGGUGACUGGUCACAUCCGAGCAGAUCCCAUAGCCAUGGGGCAAUUCAGCAUUUCCUAUCUCUACCAGAACGCCGAGUACACGGUUGGUCAGUACCGUCGUCGACUGCGCCAAAACCUCACCAGCGGCAGGGUGACAUGCCUUCCUGGGUGUUGUCAGCUCCUGCGCGUCCUGGAGUCCACGUGCGGCGACGACAUCCUGCAAAAGUUUGGAUACUAUCCCAAGCCAUCCGACGGCUUGUUUAGAACGAUUAGAUCGAUGAUGAGUGAGGAUAGAGAUCACGUGUGUUUGGUUCUCUCUGAGAACGCCGACGUCCAGACACGUGUGUGUCACCGUGCCCGAGCGUAUACUACUGCGCCGCAAACCCUUUCCGUCUUCCUGAGUCAACGCCGCAGGUGGACGCUAGGCCCACUUACAAGCGAUAGCCUACUCAUAAGCCGCAGGAAAACUGGUUGGAUGGAGAGGUUGGCUGUAUUCACUUCGUUGUUGCACUGGGUGGUGAACCCAGCUCUCUUUUUCGUGAGGUUCUAUUUCAAACUUGACAGGCAGACCAAGCUCUGGCUGUUUUUCCUCGGGAGAUAUCGAAAUGCCUGGGACUUACUAGUCGCCAUCUUGGCGUCGACUUCGGUCCUUGAUGCCGUACAGCUGUGUAUUGGAUCAAUGAUGUACAGUUAUUUCAUUCCGUUUGUAAACUUCGUUGUUCAAUUCUACACUUUGUACAAGUUGGACGAUUUUACGUGGGGAAAGACGCGAGUUGGCGUUGAGGCGAGGGUAGAGUAG